CAGGCGACGCCAUUUCAAAACAAAUGCGCGGCAACGAUUUUUAUUUCUCCCCGAAACAUUGAGUGAAAAGUCGUGAAAGCAGAAGGAUAAACAGACUAAAAUGGGAGCAAAGGCAACGAAAAUGGAGGGCGAAUACCUGCCGGACACGCCGACACUGAACAGAAUGCGCCUGGCCAGCGAAAGGCAGGAAAAAAUCGAAAUGACGACGCCGAUUAGAGAGCAAAGCAACGCUUUGCUCGAUCCUCGAUCACCAAACGGCUGUCGCACGCCCUUAAAUUUUUUGCAGGCCGGAACGCAGGUUCCAAGGCUACGUGCUGCUGAAAUGGAGGUGGAGCAGCAGGUGGCCUCCAGUGAGAAUGCCUUCGCCGUGCUGCGCAAACGUUUGCUCAAGGGCUUCUCCCUCAACGAUCCCCGCUCCCCGCAACUGAAUCGCACUCCUUUGGUCCUCGACGAAGUGCGCUCCCUCAAUCUGGACGACACCUUUGCCGAUCUCUUCGUGGACACCCGCGUGGGUUCAGCCCAAACUACAGCGGCAGCAUCUGUGCCCAUUACUCCUCCUCAGUUGGAUUUGGAUGAGAGCUGCGAUAGCUUUGGCACUCCGCCCUGCGAGGCCCACAACAAUAGCUCAUUGGAGAUUGUUUCUCUGCCCUACGACGAGGAGGAAACGCUGCCCUGCGAGGAUCAGCUGGUUCAGCUGGCCACUCCGCCUCCUGCUGCUCCACAGCAGCAUCUGCAUACCGAUCCCCGUUCGCCCAGCCUGGGCGUCGAUCGCACGCCCAUCAUCUUCUGCGACGACGAGGAGGAGGAGGCACGCGAGGCCCAGAUGCUGGAGCACAUUUUGGAGACUCUAACCCUGAACCUGAGCACUGGCAGCAGCAUGGCCUCCUUUGCGGCUGGCGAGGAUCAACCUGCGGCCGUCGCACCGGCCAACAAGCAUCUGGAGCGCGUGCGUUUGGGUCACAAGCGACGGGUUCCACCGCGCAAGCCUGCGAGGGCCAACAAGCCAAAGAUCUACGUGGACCAGGAGGAGGAGUCACCCGGGGCAGGUGCUCCCAUCACGCCCAAAACGAACAGUACACCGCUGUCCGCCCAGAAGCGCACGCCACUCAGUUGUGUCAAGAACAAGCCGCAUCUGCGUUCGCGUUCCGUUGAGAAAGAUCUUCGGAAGACGCAGAUUCCUCCGGUGCAGAAUUUCAACGAUCAACUGCGGCUCAUCUCCGGCGGCGAGGGACUCAAUGGUCCCAUUUACUAACCCAGUUUAGUAGCUACCAUUGCCUUUUGCCCACCUACAACCCACCA